AUGAACCGCGACACCAUCUUCGUCGCCGCCGAAUACCUCGAGGCGCCCGCGCUGCUGCGCCUGGCCUCCUGCGCGAGCUGGACCGCCGGGUGCCUGAGCGACGAGGUCGUGCUGCGCGCCGCCUUCCUCGGCGGCGCGUCGGCGCCGCGGAAGACGCUCGGCUACGUCGUCGAGCUCUACCGGCUCGGCCACGUCUGCAAGCCGUCGCCCCUGCGCCUGCUCCGCCUCGCGAACGGCCGGCGCUGCGAGGUCAGGGGCUGCCGGAGCACGGCGUCGCGCGGCGCCGCGACCGUGAGCGGGAGCCUGCGGACCUUCGGCGUCUUCUGCUGCUGGAAGUGCACGCUCGCCCUGACGACGGAGGUCGAGGGGGACUCGCGCGACGCGCCCGAGCGCGCCUACGUCCACCCGCGCGCGUGCCAUUCGACGUGCGCGGGCAUCGGCGGCCUCUGGACCGAGCCGUUCCGGUCCGGCGGCGAGCGCGUCGGCCCCGCGCUCACGCUCGCGGAGCACGACGGCCCGAUGAUCGUCCGCAAGGUCGCCCACGGGGACGAGAACUACCACGCCGUCGUCGACGCGGCGUUCCCGGGCGAGCGGCGGCCGCCGGACGACGCGGAAUUCUUCAAUCGCUUCGACCGGUUUUGGCGGGAGAACGCGGAACGACGACACGCGAAGCGCCGCGCGGAGUUCGAGAGGAUCCGCGACGGGCGCGCGUUGAAGCUGCGGGCCGAGGAGAAACUCGCCGCGGCGAGGACGAUGAUCGACGAGAAGAUGACCGAGCUCCUCGGCGGCGGCCCCGCGCGCCGCUCCAUCUUUCUCCACCGGAUCCUCGUGCACCUGCGACGGUCGCCGGCCCUGGUCACGUCGGCGACGCUCUGGCCCAUCGCCGAGAUCGUCGGCCAGCACUGGGCCGCGGCGGAGCGCGCGUACGAGGCCGCGGACGAGCCCGCGGGGCCCGCGGCCGCGGCGCUCGCGGACUACCGGCGGUCCGCGGGCGACGACUGGCUCCGCGGCGCGCCGCCGGAGACCUUCUUCGACCUGAGCGCGUCGGGCGACGUCGUCGCCGCGGACGUCGCCCGCUGCUGGUUCGUCGCGAAGGACGACGAGCGCGGCUUCGGGCCCCGCCGCGACCUCGAGCGCGCCUUCGCGCGCGCCGUCGAGAAGGAUCGGCCCGGCGGCCUCGCCCGCGCCGUCUUCUUCGACGUCCUCGGCGCCACGGACCGCGCCUUCGUGACCUUCCCCCGCCGCGGGCCGCCGUCGCCCGCGGAGCUGGAGGAGAUCUGGGCCAAGGCGGCGGGAACCUACGCGGCGGUGCGCGCGGCCGCGCUCGACUUCGCCAACGAGCUCACGCUGUCCGCGGAGUUCGCGGGCACGGACUGGGCGCCGCUCCUCGCCGGCCUCUGGGACCCGGACUGCGGCCAGCUCGCCGUCGCCUGCCUCCGCACGCGCCAGUUCGCGCCGCUCCGCGCCAAGCUCCUCGCGUCCAUCGCCCCCGCUUAA